GUGCAUUCGUGGUCUUGACAAUCAGAGGUAAACAACAUGGCUGAUACCGAGCAAUCUGGUGUUACCGAUGAAAUCGCUGAUGCUGCAAAGGCGGAGAUAGAGAGAGCUAUGAGCAUGGCCCUUAAGGGAGUUACGAGUUUAGGUGGUGAUAAUUUUGAGGCAGAAACAAAUGGAUUGGAGAAAGAACUAGAAGACACCUCCAGAGUAGUAAGAGAAGAUGUGGUUUACAUGGAACCGAUUCCAGAUCCGUACGGCAAAGCAAUCAAGUAUUUGGAACAGCACAAUAUCCUACAGUUAUUCCAGACUCUGACAACAAAUAUCGUCUACAGAAAGCCAGAGGACCCGUUGGCCUACAUGAUGAAGGAAGUAAAGAAGAUGCAGAAACAGAAACAGGAAGCAUAAAAAGUUGUUACGAGUCAUAAAAUGUGGAAAUCUGGAGCUCCAGAUACCGCCAUUGUGAAAAAACCCUGCCACAAUUUGAAGGCAAAAUUAACAAAUUGGUAACAGGAUAUAGUGAGAUCACCAAGCAUAUCUCAUUUCUUCUGGUCGUCUACCUAACUGGUGUCUUUCAAUGUGUAUAUAUAUACUGUAUCCUUGAAUCGGUGGAAGAAUGAAAUAAAAGGGAAGCUCCUCCUGAACCAAGACGGGAAAGAUCUCGGGGAAAGGACAGAAUAUAUAUAACUUGACAGAUAUAUUUUGUGCUGUGAACAAACUUAUCUUAUCUAGAAUGUUUAUUUUAGCACUUUUUAGGUUAAUUCUUGAGCAUUAAGUACAGCAUAAAAAAAGACAUUUUGUACAAACAAGGACUUACUACGACAGAAAGAUAAUUAUUGUAACAGUUAAAUAUCACAACAGCACAAUUAGCAUUACCUUGGGAUACUGUUAAAGGGCCCAACAAAGUAUAAUAUUGACUUAAUUACGAUUGAAACUGUAAAUAUAUAACAUUAUACAGCAUUGAGUUUUUUCAAGAAUACUGAAACAUUCCUUUAAACCAAAUUGAAUUAAAAUCUGUUUACCCGCACUAAAAAAUUAGGCAUUCUAACAUUACCGUAUUUGAUCUGUAUUAAAACCCAGUAUUGUGCUUUAUUUAUUUAUUUAUUUAUUUUUUACUGUUGUUUGCGGUCUUUUAACUGGCUAUGUGUUGUGAUGUGCAAUUAAUGUGAAUUUUUAUUUUUUUCUUGGUUUUCUUUUGUAUAUACUUCACCUUCCUGUGUAAAAACAUGUACAUAUCUAAACGUGUAUUAUAGGCUGAAUUUAUGUUUCAUGUUCAACUUGUUCACUUAAAUAUUGGUACGUACAAGUGCUCUCCGGGUGAUCAAUUUAAAAUUUGAUGUAGAAAUUAACUGCAACAUACACAGUGAUAAAUCUACCCUGUACCUAUAGAAUUUCGAUUUGACCGAUAUAAUUUCUGAAAAUACUGAAAUUUAACAUGGUGGGACCCAUAUCUUUUAACCAUACAGUGGAAAAAGACCCAUACAAACUAAUUGUAGAUUGAUCACUGUAUAUAGCUUUAAAAGAUAUAGAAUUUGAUUUACCAAUUAUUUAUGUGUUGGAGAGGGUUGGUUUCUGUGGUAAUGUUUAAUAAGACUAUUGCCUAACUUAGCCAUAUUUUUAUUCCUAUGAUACUAUGGACUUAGCAGGUCUAUAUCCUUCAGAAUAAAAUAUUUCAUAAAAGUUCUUAUUUCCAGUUUCAUUCUUACUGAUACACAGCAGGAGGUAUGACCCCGCUGCUAGUCCUAAUAACAUUACAAUCAAAGUUACCUUUGUAUUUAUAUUGUGCCAAAUUGUUGUUUAUAUGUUUUGUACUGAAAUAAAAUGACACUAGCUCUU